GCACCAUAUACAGCAAUUGUCAACCACUCACGGUUUUGUGGGACUCUGGGUCAGACAUUACCUUGAUCACUCAUAAUAUGGCCAGGAAACUACAUGCUGAGGGUAGAGACAUCUUGAUGUCGAUGGUUAAGGUCGGAAAUGUGACUGAAAGAUGUGCUAGUAAAGAAUACGCUAUAAAGAUACAUGACAAGGCAGGUGUAGAAUACGAAUUGAAGGCCGUUGGCAUGGAUGAGAUAUCAUCACAGGUACCACAUGUUGAUCUGUCUCGGUUGCCUGAUAUAUUUCCUGAUGUUGACAUGGGGAUGAUUCGACCUAGUGGCAGGAUUGAUAUGUUGAUCGGUAUAGAUUAUUGUGAGUUGUUCCCACAGGUCAUCAGAACAGAUGACAGAUUGCAGUUACUAGCCAAUAGUUUCGGAUAUUGCUUGAGGGGCAGUCACCCUUUGCUACAGGUGGAGUCAGGUAAUGUUAGUCAACUGACAGCUAUUGUGAACAAAGCUUAAUGUGUAUCAGACCUCAUUAUCAGUUGAGGAAAGUGAUGACCUCAAGGAAGGUUUAGAUAAGUUCUUCAAGUUGGACACUAUGGGAACAGAAUGCACCCCACGAUGCAUUUCCUGUUUAUGUAAAAAAUGUCCUGGUGGUGGAAACCUUACCGCGAAGGAGGAGUGUGAACUUGCUUUGAUUGAUAGAGGACUUUGUUAUAACGAGAGGGAGGAAAGGUGGGAGGCCUCGUACCCAUGGAUUAAAGAUCCUCUAAUGUUACCUAAUAAUUUCAAGGCUGCUAGGGCGAGACUGGAGUCUACUGAAAGAAGGUUGAAUAGAUUGGGCUCUGAAUAUGCUAUAGCCUAUGGAAAUGAAAUUACAGAUAUGGUGCAGAGAAACAUAGCAGUUAGAUUAGAAGAUAAGGAAAUUGAAGAGUAUGAUGGUCCUGUACAUUUUAUACCUCAUCACGAAGUUCUGAAACCUGGGUCAUGAUCUACUCCUGUAAGAAUUGUUUUUGACUCUUCAAGUAACUAUUUGGGUUAUAAAUUAAAUGACUACUGGGCUAAAGGGCCUAAUUUGUUAAACAGCCUCCUUGGUAUUUUGUUCAGGUUCAGAGAAAACCAGGUGGGUAUUGUUGGAGAUAUUUCUAAAAUGUACCACUCAAUUAAGAUAAAUAAGCUUGAUCAACUAGUACAUAGAUUCUUGUGGAGAGAUAUGGAAAGUUGUAGAGAUCCAGACCAGUAUGUUCUUACUACAGUAACCUUCGGUGAUCGUCCUAGUGGCACUAUUGCUACUAUGGCAUUAAGAUACACUGCGGAGAUGAGCCAAGAUGAAUAUCCACAUGUUGCAAGAACUAUUAGGGAGAACACUUAUAUGGAUGAUGUCAUAUUCUCAGUUGCUAAUGUUAUUGAUGCACACGUUGUAACUUCAGAUAUCGAGACUGUUUUGAGCAGAGGGAACUUCCGCUUGAAAAACUGGGUGAUCAGUGGAAAAGACCAGCAAUCAGAAGGUAGAGACAUUUCUGGUAUUGAUGCUGCUAAGGUACUAGGGUUGUUGUGGGUUCCCGCACAAGAUAGUUUUGUUUUCAAAAUUCUAAUUAGUUUUUCCAGAAAGGUCAAGGGUGCACGUGUUGCUCCUGGUAUGACCAGAGAUGAGUGUUUGCUUAACUUCCCAAACAACUUAACACGUAGAAUGGUUCUUCGUCAAUUAGCGUCAAUUGACGACCCUCUCGGAUUCCUGACACCAAUCACGCUGAAAGCUAAGCUGAUGAUGAGGUGUAUGAUUAGAAAGGAGGCAGAGGGUUCUAACAAGCCCAUUGAUUGGGAUGAGCCACUUGCUGAAACUUGUGUGGAGGACUGGCAUGAUUUCUUUUUGAGUUUAUAUGAUAUAGAAAUGUUGUCAUUCCCAAGAUGUAUAAAACCCAUUGAUACUGUAGGAGAACCUAUGCUCAUCAUGUUCUCAGAUGGUUCCAGGCUAGCAUACGGGUGUUGUGCCUAUAUAAGAUGGGAGUUGAGUUCAGGUGGUUAUGAUGUCCAUUUGAUUGCAUCAAGGAAUCGGGUUGCACCCGUGAAACAGAUAACCAUACCAAGAAUGGAAUUAUGUGGAGCAGUUCUUUCUUGUAGACUGCGGGAGUGCAUUGAAAGGGAAUCUAAUUUGAAGUAUAGUGAAGUCAUGCACAUUGUAGACUUAACAAUUGUACGUUCACAGAUACAGAAAGAAUCACAUGGGUUUAACACAUUUGUUGCUUCAAGAGUGGCUGAAAUUCAGUGUAAAUCAGACCCUUCUGAGUGGUGGUGGGUUGAGUCAAAGCAUAAUGUAUCUGACCUUGUAACAAAACCUUGUGAACCUUACAUGCUCAGUAAGGAUUAUUUGUGGCAAAAGGGACCAGAGUUUCUGCGCAGACCUCAGACGGAAUGGCCUGUCUGUCAAAGUGUUGAAGAGGAGCUACCUGAUAGGAGAUCAGUAACACUAGUGUGUUCAAGAGGAGAUGAGAAUAUCUUGAGUGAAAUAAACUUGGAUAACUUCACUAGUUAUGUUAAACUUUUGAGAGUGACAAGCAGAAUUUUGUCAUGUGUGAAAACCAAAUCAUUUAAGGGAGCGUUUGGUGAGCCUUCAGCAGAAGACAUAGAAGCAGCUGAGUGUCUGUGGAUAAGGACAAUUCAAAGUGACAUGCUUGAUUGGCAACAGAAGUAUAAGAGACUUGGGCCUGCUCUUUGGAAUGGAAUGAUAGUAGUGGGUAAGAGGAUUGCCAAGUGGCUCAAAGAUAACUGGAAUCAAGAGCAGUACAUCUUACUUCCAACUAAACAUCCAUUCACUAAACUAUAUAUGUUGCAUUUACAUCAAAUUGAUCAUGGCGGAAUAGAAUCUACCCUAGCAAAAUUGCAGUCAAGGUUUUGGGUUCCAGGGGCGAGGAGAAUACUAAGAUCAAUUAAGAAAAGGUGUGUACUAUGCAGAAAAUACUAUGGAAAGAUUGAAGAUCAAUGUAUGGGUCAAGUCAGUGAUGUUCGUAUGAAGCCCACACCACCCUUCUACCACACAGCCACGGAUUUGUUUGGUCCCUUUACUAUAAGAGAUACAGUGAAACGGAGAACCCACGGAAAAUGUUUUGGGGUCAUUUAUACUUGUUUAACCACCAGGGCUGUCCACCUUGAAAUUGCUGAGAACUAUAGUACUGAGGCAUUCUUAAGAACAUUUAGAAGGUUUGUGUGCAUUAGAGGAUAUCCAUGUACAAUACAUUCAGAUAAUGGACCGCAGUUAGUUGCUGCUAAUAAGGAGCUAAGGGAUGCCAGCAAAGAGUUUGAUUUGAACACUCUCUCGAAAUUUGGAAGUGACAGGGGUGUUAAGUGGGAGUUUAAUAAGUCCAGUGACGCCCCCUGGCUGAACGGUGCUUGUGAGAGUUUGAUUAGGCUGGUGAAGAAUGGUUUAAUUAGAUCAAUGGGAGACAGCGUUCUAACCUUCGGUGAGCUUCAGACCAUAAUGUAUGAAGUAGCGAACUUAUUGAAUAACAGACCAAUUGGUAUGAAACCGGGGUAUAGUAUAGAGUUUGGUGCAUACCUGUGCCCUAAUGAUUUACUACUGGGACACAAUAACUCACGGGUUCCCACUGGAUCAUUUGCCACCAAUGAAGAUCCUGGGAGGCGUUUACAUUUCACUCAAUCUAUUGUGAACUCUUUCUGGAAAAGGUGGCAUAGGGACUACUUCCCUACACUGUUGAUCAGACAAAAAUGGCAUGUUGAAAAGAGAAAUGUACGAGUAGGGGACAUUGUGCUUGUACAAGACCCUAACCCAGUAAGAGGAAAGUGGAAGCUAGCACAGGUAUUGAAGGCUGAACAGAGUAGAGAUGGUAUGGUUAGAGAAGUGAAGCUCAGGUAUAAAAUCUGUAAACCUGGAGAUAAGUAUCAUGGUACUAAAGACAAGACUAUGAAUAGAUCCGUCCACAGACUCAUAGUGCUUCUCCCUGUUGAGGACCAGUAAUCUUUUGUAAUAUUAUAACUAAAUUUCAUUGUAGGCGGGAGUGUAUCAUAAAUGAUAUGUUUGUGUGCGCAUUGAUAUGUUUCUUUGUUCGUGCGCUUGUUGAAUGUAUUUUGUUGAUGACGUGGCGUUUCUGCCUUCCUGGAGGGUGCAGCCAUUGUGAGGAGUCAGUUGUGCUCCAGUGUUUACUCCACCGCCACCACCUCCCUGUCCAGGAUUUUGUGCCAUGUGUUUGGUGUUUGUGUAUUGACGGGUGGCGUAGGACUUUGUGUGAUAAAGGUGUGCGCCGGUUCGGUAGGGAGGUGGUGGUGGUCAGUGCACUGACGGUGAUUUGUAUGCCGGGUACUUGGUACUGCCUGACGGCCAAUUAAGUGGUGAUACCUGGGUGGUGAUGGUCGUCGCCAAACUGCUGAAGCAAGCUGGUAACGGUCUGAUAUACCGGGACUAGGGCGAUUGGGCCGUAGGCCAAUGAAGUGAGUUAUGUCUAAUCAUUUAUUGUGUAUAGGAAUUGUUUACAUUGUUAUUGUUGGCUCAGAAAUAUUCAUCUAAUGUUACUACGUGAGGCUGUGUGUAAAAUUUCGUGAAUGACUCAUGCCAUGCUGCCAAUACAGGUUGAAAUAAACGAUUUGACAACG